GUCCACUGAAAGUUCCAUACAACAAACAGAGCCAGUGUGUACAGCCAGGAGGAGGAAGAGGAACUGCAGUCAUUCUGCCCAGGUUUUCAAAGCUUAAAUAAGCAAAGGGUUGUCCCUUCCCACCCGUGCCUGGAGCAAGAUGUCCACUUCUAGUUACCGGGAAAAUGGCAGCAUCUCGGAUAGGGACAAUGUCUUCAUGGAACGCGUGAGGACGUACAGUCCAGUCACCAAGAUGGUUCAAGUUCUGGAUGGUAAUUCUGUUCUCCCAAUGUCUCCGAGUGCUCGUUCACCUGGUCCUAGCUUUCAGACGAUGGCAUGGGGCCAAGAGCCAGUUCAUCAUAUUCAGGAAACACAGUCACCAACAUACUCACAGGGGACCAUACGAAGAUACAUUGUUCAGAACCCUGAACCGGAAGUACAAUCACCAACAUACUCACAGGGGACCAUACGAAGAUACAUUGUUCAGAAUCCUGAAACGGAAGUACACUCUCCGCCAUACUCUCAGGAGACCAUUCGGAGGUACAUCGUCCAGAACAAUGAGCAGGAAGUCGCAGUCCCUUAUCCUCAACAAACAAUAAGAAGAUACAUUGUUCAAAACCCCGAACAGGAAAUCCAGGCCCCGUAUCAACAUGAAACCGUGCGAAGAUACAUCGUACAGAAUCCUGAACAGCAAACCUACGUUCAAGGGGUUAAUUACGUCCCACAAAAUAAUGUUGUCUAUGAAAAGACCUUCCGGAGAGUUGAGGUGCAAAAACCUGAGGUGGAGAGAACCUCCUCAGUUUCAAUAGGAUCACAACUAACUUCUACAAGUGAACAAGUGACUGAGCAAAUCAAUCAAAGCAAUGAGGUCAUCUCAGAACAAGUAAUCCAAACCUCCGUCACCAGUGAGCAGAAGAAAACCGUCGUGGACACUGGGCCUGACCAGCUGGACGCUCGGUAUUUUGGAGAGCUGCUGGCUGAGCUCAGCCGUAAGAACAGUGACUUGUACAGCUGCUUGCUGCAGCAUGUGGAGAAGAUUGGAGGAAGAAAACCCUCGGAUUCAGAAUAUGAGACAGGAGAAGAUAUCGAAGCCCUGAUCCCAAAAGGAGUGUCUGAACUCACAAAGCAGCAGAUCCGGUACCUCCUACAGAUGAGGCACACCUCCGACAAAUCCCUCCGGCUCGUGUUGUCCACUUUCUCAAACCUGAGAGAAGACCUGCUCCAUUUACAGAAUGAUUUGAAUAAACUAGAAACGGACAAGAAAUCGCUGGAAAGAGAUCUGUCUUUCAAGGAUGCUCAAAUAAAGGAGUAUGAAACCAUCGUGGCAUCGCUGAGAGAGAAAAAUCGGCAGCAGCAGCAAGAACUGAAGGAUAGUGCUCUGAGACUGCGCAGCGUAGAAGAAAGUAUGUUGUCUCAGCGCAAUACAGGCAGCGAUAAAGAUUACAGACUAAAAGAGCUGGAAUAUGCAAAGAAUGCCUUGCAGCAGGAAAACCAAACUCUCAGAGUCCAGAUCUCUGAGACUUGCUCCAGCCCCGUACUCCAGGCCAAGACUGACGAAAUCACUAGACAUUACAAGGAAAUGAUUAACAACCUCUCAGAGGAAAAAGAUAAAGAGAUCCGCAAUCUGAGGAUUCAGAUUACCAAGUUCCAGAGAGAUGUGUCAGCCAGGGAAGGAAGUAGCAGUGAUUUGCAAUUGAGACUUCUUGAACUGACAGCCUCCUUAGAGGAGAGGGAAUCCUUAAUCAAGAGACAACAGGAGGAACUACUUAGACUGAGGCAAGAGAGAGAGGGAAAAUCCGUGAACCAGACCGUCAUCACUGAAAGGUACCGAACAGAUUACCCUAUUCUUGGUCUCCUUAAUGAUUACAAAAAUACAUCAUCGCCAGUUAAGGAAAGACAGACAAUUGUUGUUAAGCGAACAGGGUGGUAAGUGGACUACAUGAACAUACAAAGUACAACGUCUUUGGAGAAUGAAUGUAUUGUGCACGAUCAGAAUUGUGCACAGAAGUACUUGGCCAAAAGUAGUCUGAAAAAUAGGAUUAAUUUACAGUAACUUUCAGUGUCACAGGUUUGCCUAUUACCAACACAAUAACAAUAAGGGGGAUUCGGCACUUGGAAUGCUAAUAUAUGUUCUUCAGUGUGUACCUAACUUACAAUAAGUCUUUUGUUCAAUAGCGAACGUGGAGGCCAAUAAAAGUCCUAUCUUCAACUUCAAUUUUAGGAAUUCAAGGCAAAUGAUUUUGACAAAGUUCAACCCGGUGUAGGGAUUGUGUGUAAUAUAUCAUAUAAACAUAGCCAUUUUACCUGUAUGAAAUAAGAAUGGCAGAUGAAUUGUGGGAUUUCAACAUUAGGAGCCAUUCUGAAGCAAAGUUCUAAAAGUACAGCAAUUAGUCAACACAUUCCAUUGGUUUCCAAGGCGAUUGCUCUACAAUCGCUCUUUUCUAACCCACCCCCUUUAUGUCAGUGGACUUAAAUCGGCAUUACCAAUUAAAAAGUUCAUCAGCCACCUUGGUUAAAUCAUCUUAUAUCGUUAAAUGUCUGCAACGCAGUCAAGUCGUUGGUGAUUAAUCACCAUAGUGUAUCCGCUUUGCUUAGAACUCAUACCACCUGCCCUCUAAUAUUUUGAAACAUGACAGAAUCGACAAAAGCUAACAGACGUUCUUACGUUUUUUUUUUUUAAUGUACAAUUUACAUUUUUAAUGCUGUCAAACACACACAGUGCACAGAGUUGGAAAAAUUGCGUUUGUAUUGGUACCACAUUUUGUGUUAAAAAUCCAGGCUAUUUAAGUAGACUUUUGUGAUAAUUCUGAUGAAUUUAGCUGGUAAUAUGUUCACGGAUGGGGAAAUCUCCCAAUGAUUUCUGCAGAGUUGUUUUUAAAAUGAUUAACUAACCUCCAGUAUGCAACAUAAGACAUGUCCGGUAACUUCUCCUUUAAGAAGAAUUUUAAUAUGUUUUUGUAAAUAUAGGUGAAAGACUAAAAUACUGCAAUAUGUACACAGUGAACUUUAGAAAUAUAUGGACUGGAUCUUGUUAUUUUGAGAAAUGGGUGUACUUUCUUGUAAAAUAACCUUAUUUUUCUGUCUUUUUCAUUAUCUUGUGGCCUUAUCCAGCGUAUCACUUUUACAUGAUACGUCAUAAAGUUGGUGCUAAAUGUACUCCCAAAAUAGUAUGCUUAUUACUUAAAUUCAUUGCAGGUAUUCACUAAAUCCCAAAUCGUGAAGAAAUGGCAAGGGAAUUUAAUUUUUUAUAAUAAAAUAGCAAAAGUAGAGAAAUUCUCGAACUCCGCAAUUUGGCCUAAAACCUUCAAUUCCCUUGUCAAUUUACAGAUUUAUUGAAUAGACCUUAUUGUUUUCUGCCCUCUUAUCUACAACAGUAGUUCACAAAUAAAAACUCCAGGUUUAACGGUCCAGGUUUUAGAAAUCUCCCCAUUUGAAGACCAUGAUGAAAACCAUAAAUAUUGGACAGUCAGGCAAAGUAGGCCUUCACCUGCCCACAAGCACCUGUCCUGCAGGGGGGCCAAAUGGUCUGAUAGGGUGAGAUUAGUACCUACACCUUAGAAUUAUGUGCCUACAUGCACCUUACAUGUCAAUGCACCACUGUAGACUUUCUAAAACGUUAUUCUUUUGUAUACAACCCCUAAAUGUCAAAGGGGCCUGAGGGAUGGUACUAUAGUGAUGAAAUAGACACGCUUUUAUAAAACUGUAACACAUUUAACGUGGUUUUAGUGAUACCUGAUGGAAUAUUAUUAUACAAAAAAAACUAAAAACAUCUCAUAUAUUGGUUAUUAUUCACUAAACGUAAAAUUCUGCGGACAUUAUAAUCAAAUUGCAAUAAUGAAGCCAAAUUAGACCAUGCUGAAAAACUGUUCUACUAUGAGCUCACGGUAUAGGAAGUGUCUGGCAUUUAGAGUAAAUUCCUACAUAAAUCACAAGUGAAGAGUGGCUAUAUUGCAUUUUGUACUUUUUAAUCCUCAAUAUUCCCUUAAACUAUACUUUGAAAGAAGGUCACUGAAUCGCGUACAAUGGUCAAUAUCUGGUGUCAUUAUUGCCGCUGCAUGGCGUUAAUAUUAGGGAGGUAGCUAAUAUGCUUUGCUUAAAGACUGGUAUAUUUUUAAGAUGUUCUAUAUUUUACAUAAAAUAUUAGUUUUGUGUGUUACUACAUAUUAGCACUAUCUGACCAUGUAAAACAUGGGAACAAAUGGCUUCGUAAUAAAGCAUUUUACCCAAAACUAAA